UUGACCCAAGUAUCAUUCCACCCACCAUGGCCAAAGAAAGCCACCCACUGCCACGUGGAAUAGUUGUGGAUUUUUUUGGUUCACAGAGAUUUAUCCCUCUGCCUUUGGAGCAAUGAAGGUGGGCGUUCAGAGGGUUUGAGAGAGAUGAUAGACCAUUCCACAUGGGGAUCUCUAGCAGCACAUCUAUGGACUGACAGCCAGAGAGUGUAAAGUACAGAGGCUGAACUCACCCCUGUGGGGUUUUAUACGUCUUUAACAUAACACAUAUCACACAGAGGAAAGUGCACUGCUACGGGGUGAGGACCUUGCCUGUGACUUGGCCUUGCAACAUAAGCUAGGACACAGCAUUGGAUUAUGGAGGGGAACUUGACAUACCUGCUGGGCAGAAGCAGCUCCGAGGACGUGUCGGUGGGUUACACGUCAUCAACAUCUAACUCCUCUGCAGCCUAUGAAUACGCCUUCUUCUACCCAGAACUGGACAUCAGCUGUGAUCUUGAAAAUAUUCCAGCAUUUGCAUCUACCUUUUUUCCAGUGCUGUACUCCCUACUGUUUGUGACCGGCCUUGUAGGAAAUGCUUUGGUCAUCUGGGUCCUAACAGUCUUCAAGAAAGUCAGGGCCAUGACUGAUGUGUAUCUGCUGAACCUUGCCAUCUCUGACCUCCUCUUUGUUUUCUCCCUCCCCUUCUUGGCUCAGUACUCCAUCGUGAGCCAGUGGACUUUUGGAAAUACGAUGUGUAAAAUCAUCAGCUCAGCUUACUUCAUUGGUUUCUACAGCAGCGCCUUCUUCAUAACCAUCAUGAGCAUCGACAGGUACUUGGCCAUUGUCCAGUCCAUCUAUGCUCUACAGGUUCGGACAACUGCCCAUGGGAUUAUCACCAGCCUGGUCCUUUGGGCAGUCGCCAUUUUAGCAUCAGCACCAGACUUAAUUUUUUUCCAGGAAAUGAAUGACAAUAACCAGACUAAGUGCAUCCCUCACUAUCCUGACAGCAACAAUGGCUGGAAGACUUUCAGUAAUUUUGAAGUUAAUGUCCUGGGGUGGCUGAUCCCUGUUGUUGUCCUCAUUUUCUGCUACCACAGCAUCUUGAAAAACCUGCAGAAGUGCCAUACUCAGAACAAGUACAAAGCAAUGAAACUGGUUUUUAUUGUUGUCAUUGUGUUUUUCCUCUUCUGGACCCCCGUCAACAUUGUGCUUUUUCUGGACUCUCUGAGGAACAUGUACAUCAUCGACGACUGCCAGACAAGCCAAAGGCUAGACCUAGCCAUGGAGCUGGCUGAGGCGCUCUCCUUUGUCCACUGCUGUCUCAACCCGGUCAUCUAUGCCUUCGUGGGUGAGAAGUUCAAGAAGCAUCUCCACGAAGCUUUCAGAAAAUACACACGUUUUCUGUUGAUCUGCAAAGACUACAGUGCUUUCGAUGGGCGCAGCCUGGACAAGCACUCCUCUCUGCGUGUGACAUCCUCACAGUCAUCUUUUGUUGGCACUGUCUUGUAGAGCUACAAGUAAAAAACUUUCAUCCCAAACAGGUGACCUGAAGUUAAGAAAUCCUCCCAGCAGGGCAUCCACAGGGAUGCACUGUUUGGGCAGCCUUUUAGGACAGGAAAAGUGGAAGCAGCUGCUUGAGUUUGCUUUUAUCAUGGUUGCCUUUGGGGGUCUUACUUUUUAAUGUCUUUUCUAGCAUCUUCCUCCCUUUCCCUUUGCAUGUCCUGCCCUGCCUGCUUUGUGAAAGGGAGGCUGAAAUUACCAGCAGACUCCCGCACUGCCUGAGCAUCAUGGAGAGGUGCCUUAGAAAUAUUUCCCCCACCUCAGAUUCAGUACUGAAAGGAACUGUUUAUGUUUCUGAACUUGGGACACUUGGUCACUCCUUCCCUUGUCUCAGCAGAGCGGAUUGGCUUUGUAGGCAGCGGCAGGGCUCACAGCAGGAGUGGUAACCUGCUCUUUGGAGGGAAACAGUGCCCAAGUUUAAGGCAUCACACCAGGGCCUGGCUCCCAGUUGACAAAUCUGAACAAGGUUUCCAGCCCAGAAAGAGCUUAGUGAGUGAAUAAUUAGA